AUGGCGACCACCACCAGCACCAGCACGGCCAAUAUACCACUGACCACCCAAUUCGUUCCGCCUUCAUCCUGUGAGAGUGUACACUGGGUUUCCUCAGAUUGCCAGUUGAGCACAUGUUUGGGCAUCUACAAUAUUGUGCGCGACACCGCGACGGAUUGUUAUCCAUCCGGCUGGGCAAAAACGGCCACAACUUUUUCCCCGGGGUUGAUAUGCCCGAGUGGCUAUUCGAUUGCUCUUCAAUCCUCCAGCGUGCUCGGUGCAGCCCUAACGGAGACCUAUGGAACAUGUUGUCCCAGUGGCUUCGAGGUAGUGACCGAAAAUCGUGAGGCUUGGUACAGCCUAGAGCCUUGUGUCAUGACCAGCCACGAUCCUACCGCUAUAACAUAUACCGUUCUCGGCGUCACCCCGACGACAACCACCACAAUCACCUAUUCCACCCCGAUUAUACAUGCGAUUCCAGUCGGACUAGUAUGGCAGUCAUCAGACCUUUCCUCGGCAUCAACGGCCGCCUUGACCGCCGCGUCGACAGCCGCGUCGACAGACGCAUCAACAGCCGCCUCAACGGCCGCAUCGGCAACAACAAAUACCGCGGUCGCUACUUCUUCAUUAUCAGAUUCGGCAGCAGAUUCUUCAGCAGGGAGCAAUUCAGGUUUAACGACUGGUGCGAAAGCGGGCGUUGGGGUAGGAGUCUCCAUUGGGGUAAUCUUGAUCGCGGUUCUCUGUUGGAUCGGCUUCUGCGUUCGACGGAAACGAAAUCAAAAUCCCACGCCACCGGGCGAGGAUCUACCAAUUCGCCAUCAUAACGAUGUUCCCGCUGAGCUGCCUGGGACAUCACCUACGGACUGGAGUGUGGAGCUCUCCGGAGACUAUACAAAGAAACAUGAGCUGCAUAGUCCUUAA